UCAUCAUCAUCAUCAUCCUCUCUUUCUCUCCCGCUCGCGCGCCUACCUUCCCUUCCUCCCAAGAGAGCAAGCAGAGGAGCCGCCUAUAUAAAUCCGCCCGCCCUUUCCUCCCCCCAAUCUAGCCCGCACACGCUACGCCACGCCACACCAACACGUGAGCUAAGAAGCAAAAGCAAGGCGGAUAUACGUUUACACCACCAUCAAAGAGCUUAGCGGCCAUGGGUCGGUCGCCGUGCUGCGAGAAGGCGCACACCAACAAGGGCGCGUGGACGAGGGAGGAGGACGAGCGGCUGGUGGCCCACGUCCGGGCGCACGGGGAGGGCUGCUGGCGCUCGCUGCCCAGCGCCGCCGGCCUGCUGCGCUGCGGCAAGAGCUGCCGCCUCAGGUGGAUCAACUACCUCCGCCCCGAUCUCAAGCGCGGCAACUUCAGCCGCGACGAGGACGAGCUCAUCGUCAAGCUCCACAGCCUCCUCGGCAACAAGUGGUCGCUCAUCGCCGCGCGCCUCCCCGGGAGGACCGACAACGAGAUCAAGAACUACUGGAACACGCACAUCCGGAGGAAGCUGCUGGGCAGGGGGAUCGACCCCGUCACGCACCGCCCCCUCACCGACGCCACCACCGUCUCCUUCGUCCAUCCUGCAGAGGCGCCAAAGACGCAGCCGGUGACGGAGGAGAGGAAGCCGCCCAGGUGCCCGGACCUCAACCUGGACCUCUGCAUCAGCUUGCCGUUCCAACAGGAGGAGGAACGGCCGCCGGCGAGAGCAUGCGCCAAGCCGGUGAAGAUGGAGCAGCUGCAGCAGGGCCGCCUCUGCUUCCGCUGCAGCAUCCUGAGAGUGAGAGGAGCGGCGACGGAGUGCAGCUGCGGCAGCAACUUCCUGGGCCUCAGGGCCGGCAUGCUCGACUUCAGAGGCCUCGAGAUGAAAUAGAAAUUUGGGAAUAAUUAUUCGAUCAAACUUUCUGCUGUAAAUUGUUGCUCCCUCCUACCACGUUUUUAUUUACUUCUUAGGAAAAGAAAUACUACAGUACUGGUAGAUGGCGAGGAGGAGACUAGUAUUAUUAGGUGAGGAUUUGUAGCCAGAUCCUCCCUGCCCUCCCCGAUUUGCUCAGUUUCAUGUAAAUUAUUACUGCUCCACUGAUGAAAUGGAACGGAAUGAAAUAAUACACUAGAUACUAAAUUCAGUGCGUU